AUGCAUGUAUAUGAGAUGGAUAGUAAUACUAAAGAGUAUAGAAAAACUAAGGAAAUUGCUGUAAAAUUUGGUUCAAAUGGUGAUUGGUAUCUAUUUCCAUAAUAAUACUUAAAGUCAAAAUGCCUUCUUGUGAAUAAGAAUGGAAAUAAUGUUAAUUUAAUUAGGAGGAAAGAAAAUGGUGACUUAAUAAUCUAAUAAUCAAUUGAUUUUGGUACUUCUGGUAUUUAUGGAUAAUUAAGUGAUGAUGGAGAGUAUUGGAUAACUUGGGAUUGGAAAUCAAAGGAAAUAUAAAUAAGAAAGUGUAGAGAAUUAUGA